GGGGAAGAGCAAAAAGAAAGGGAGAUUUCCGAAACCUAUAAAACUGACGAGGAAAAAGGAACGAGGGAAUUGAGGGACAAGAGGAUCACCAUGAGAUGAACAUGAAAAGGCUGUGGAAUGACUCUGAAAGGGACCAGGGUUCUGAUCAAGCAGGAACAGAGAAAGCAAAGGGAAUAUUUUGAAAAGAAAAGGUUAAGAUCAAAAAUGAAGUCACUGGGAGUUUUAUCUCCUGUCAAAAAUUCCACUGUCAGUUUAGACCUCCUUAACCUGUAUGUGGUAAAUCAGAUCUCUUGCCAGAAGAAAAUACCUGAAACUGUGAGAAAACCAAUCCAUGUCAAUAUGAAUAGAGACAUAAAAGUGCCCCUAAGAAAGCGUGAUUUAGAACUUCCGAUGUCGCCUCCCUGUGUACCAUCAAACCUCUGCAUUGAUGAUAUAGAAAACAAUAUUCACAAUCAAAGAGUAGGCAGCAAUGAAGAGCUGGGCCCAGUACAGCUCAAUAAUGUUAAUUAUUCUAAUACCCUGGUUUCCAAAUUAAAUGAAAGUCAAGAUGUUCUCAGUACAUCAUAUGAAACAGCACAAUUUGGAACAUUAUUUGAAAGACUAAACAGUCCAGGAAGUAGGAAUUUCCUCACUGGAAGACCUGCUGUUGUUACGGGUGAAGAUGGUAGAAGCAUGGAUAAGAGAAGACACUCAGACUUCAUUGCUGAAAAAGAAUCCACACAACAUAUUUGGGAGGAAAAUAGGAAAGACAUUUCAAAUUUUUUUGAAGUUGUGAACCAGCCAACCCCUGGCCUUCUGUCAGAGAAUUUUAACUCUUUUAUUAAUGAAAAUGUGAACAAUCUAUUAAAAAUAGAUCAACAGAUCAUAAGAAAACCAUUUGACAAGUGUGGUUAUGAGAGAGAUAUUUGUGUGCUUACCAGUUCUGAUGAAAACUGUCUCUCUGAGAGAUGCAUUGGAAGUAUUUUUACAGAUCCAGAGUUGAAUUUUAAUAGUUCCGGCUUUAAUAAAAUAAGUUAUCUGCAAAAGUGUGAGCCAAACAAGAAUGAUCAGAAUGAGUACAACUAUAAUGAGGGGAAUAAUCCUAGUACAUCUUUUGAGAAGGAUUGCUGUCUAGCCAGCUAUGAAAAAAAAGGAAAAUUUCAAAGGGACUACCAAGAGAAGACAACACAGAUAGAAAUUGAGAAAUAUCCGGUGAACACUAUGAGCAAUGUCUCUUUGGAAGAACUGCAUUCUAAGAAAUCAUGGGACUUUGGACUUGGCAAGAAUCUGAUGGAAGAAGGGGGUUUAAAUUCGGUGAAAGUGAUGCCAACAUCUACAAAGAAAAAUGUUCUUGAAUCUUCACAGAGUAGCCAGUCUUCCGGUUACUCUCCAAGGCCAACAGAUAGUUGUUUCAGUUCUAGUUCAGAAAUGCCAUCUGAAGAUGAAGAUCAAGCAUUGCAGCAAACUGAAGAUUCAAGUAGGAGAUCCACCAAACCUGAAGACACAACUAAUAAUUUUCAUUUAGAAAGGAUGGCAGAAUUUUCACAUGAUAAGAGUAUUAAAGACAAUGCUAGAAUUCAUAAACAAAGUCAGAGUCUUGACCAGUUCCCAACGAAAGAUACCACAGAUCAGUUGGCACAGUGUCAGAGUAAUUCACCACGCGUGUUACAAAGCAAAACCAGUGCUGACUGCCUCCCACUGUGUGUAAGAUGUGAUGCAUGGGUACAGACAGAGAAUGCACCUGCAGUGAGAGACAGAUUAGAUGCUGCCGUACAGUGUGAUAUAAUUUCAGAAUGUAAGUGUAGAAGUGACGUGUCUUCUCCUUGGAAUGUGGACAGGUGCAGUGAAGAUAUUAAAGCAGAUACCACUGGAGGGCAGGAAAUCCUUAAGAACAACUAAUAUUCUAAAAUUUCUGCCUGAGAUUUAGCAUUUAAUGUUCAGAAUUUCGUUAACAAGGAAUGAGAAAGUGAAGCUGAACACAAGGUGAAAAUAAUC